CCGCACCCUGUAUAAGGCCGCGGCCGAACGCGUUCUGCUCCGGGUGUGUAUUCCUCAUUCAUCGCGCGGGGUUCGCACGGCGGCCGGUGCUCUCGCGAGGUCUCUGAGUAUAAAUACCGAAAAGUAGCAGCGCGCAGUCUUCUACUCUGAGAGAACACCAAAUGGCGGACGACGCCGGUGCUGCGGGAGGUGCAGGAGCCGCCCGAGGGGGCUUCCGUGGCGGCUUCGGGACUGGGCUGCGGGGCCGCGGGCGCGGCCGCGGUAGGGGCCGUGGGAGAGGCCGCGGGGCCCGCGGAGGCAAGGCCGAAGACAAGGAAUGGGUUCCUGUCACCAAACUUGGUCGCCUGGUCAAGGAUAUGAAGAUAAAGUCUCUUGAGGAGAUCUAUCUCUUCUCACUUCCAAUCAAGGAAUCAGAAAUCAUUGAUUUCUUCUUGGGGUCUUCUCUGAAAGAUGAGGUUUUGAAGAUCAUGCCUGUCCAGAAACAGACUCGUGCUGGUCAGCGUACCAGGUUUAAGGCCUUCGUUGCUAUUGGAGACUACAACGGCCAUGUUGGUCUUGGUGUCAAAUGCUCCAAAGAAGUUGCAACUGCCAUUCGUGGGGCAAUCAUUUUGGCUAAAUUGUCCAUUGUACCAGUACGGCGAGGCUACUGGGGGAACAAGAUCGGCAAGCCCCAUACUGUACCUUGCAAGGUUACUGGUCGGUGUGGAUCUGUCCUGGUGCGUCUGAUUCCAGCCCCCCGUGGUACAGGGAUUGUAUCUGCCCCUGUUCCCAAGAAACUGCUGAUGAUGGCUGGUAUCGAUGACUGCUACACUUCAGCCAGGGGCUGUACUGCCACAUUGGGCAACUUUGCUAAAGCCACCUUUGAUGCCAUCUCCAAGACUUACAGCUAUCUGACCCCUGAUCUCUGGAAAGAGACUGUGUUCACCAAGUCUCCUUACCAGGAGUUCACUGAUCAUCUGGCUAAGACCCACACCAGAGUCUCAGUGCAGAGAACCCAAGCAGCUGCUGUGGCAACUACUUAAGUGGUUUUUGUACAAGACAAUAAAGUGAUCAGCGAACAAGAAA